AUGUUGUUUGACGCCUAUCGUGAGGACUUACCGGGGGUGGACACUGACCACCGGACGAACGGAAAACGACUAAACAUGCAUCGUCUAAAGGCAUCCUGGCGGGUAUCUAAGGCCAGAGUACGCGACAUAUUAUUCACAGAUGACUGCGUGCUAAACAUCACAGCAGGAGGGACCAUACAGCGGACUGUGGACCUCUUCGACUCCGGCUGCUCCAACGUCAGCCGGACCAUCGACAAGAAGAACGUAGUGGUCUUGCACCAGCCGACACCAACUGCUAACUCCGACAAACCCUGUAUCAAUGUCCGUAGAACUCACUUCAUAGUAAUGGGCAGGCUCGCGUCCGAUGGGAAUAUAAUUCCAGGAAACAUCAAUGCCGGUGACGAAAUCGCAAAUCAGAACUCCAGAAGCAACCAGGCCUUCGGUUGGCUAAAUCAAUCUGUCUGGACUCUUCUCUACACCUUACUCAACACAAAACUGAGGAUGUACAUGUCUGUUGUCAUGACAGUGCUCUUGUAGGAGACGGAAACGCGAGUAGUUUGCGAAGGUAAAGCAGGUAGAUCUAAUUAUUUCUCACCUUAGCUGCCUCCUAAGAUGAAGCGGAAGGAAAAUUUCCCAAAAAUUGAGAUUCCGGAAAGAACCGGCGUCCUCAGUAUUCACGCCAUGCUGAGGCAGAUACGACUGCGAUAGAGCGGCCACGUCGUGAGAAUGAACGACAACCGCCCGACCAAGCGGCUUUUCUUCGCCGACGCAGGUAAAAUUAAUGGCAGACCGGGCUCAUUCUAAGGACUUUCUGGAGUUCCUCAUCAAGCACCUACGAAUUCCCCCAGUGACAUGGGAGAACUUAGCUUAAGAUCGGCAAAUGCGCUGAACUGUUGUAAGAUUGGAGUAACCAUUUUCUUCAUCAACAGAAUAGUCGUUGUCAAGGGAAGGGACAAGGAUAAAGGCUCGCAAAACUCAAGUGUCUGGCAUAAAUGACAUCAGCAGUCAAUCUUCACUAUCCUAUCUACACUGACAGGGGUGUAGGGGUGUCAGCGGUGGGUUCACGUAAUGGUCGUGGUGGUCGCUCACUUGCUUGCAGGUGAGACUGCGCCUAGCGUCCACUUGCUGGCACUCAACUCUCACCUGUGGCUCCACGUAGCUGGACUCUGCUCCGCGGUCACACACCGGGCAACCGUCUCGACCGGCGGGAUAAACCAGGUGAGGGGACCCUGUGCGCUGUGCCGUGUGCACAGGGUUUGCGGAUUCCGCUGGAUGGAAGGUCGGAUGGAACAUUGCGUCGGCACCGUCGUGACGUGGUUCGUCUCUGCACGCCGCUGGACAGUCGGUGACGGGAUGGAUCUCCACAUCGACAUCGCCUUGACGCGCCCACCUACGCCGUCGGAGACCGCGGCUUACGGCGAAUUCGAGUCGCUCUCCACCACAACCCAAAGUAGUGGUCCCAUAGUGGAGUUCGGCCGUGCCACAGCGGCACAUGGCAGCCCUAUUCAGGGAUGGCACUGCCAGCCCCCACGAGGGGAAGGGCCUAGAAAAGGUGGCCUAAACAUUGCUGGGAACCACGCCGUCUCCAGGCUAGCCAGGGCCGCAGACGUCUUAUCAUGGUCGAAACAAUCAAAAUCGAAACAACAACAAUACCAAUAACAACAACAACCAUACUCAUUCUCCUCAUCCUACCUCUUUUUCCUCUUCCUCUGCCUAUUCUUCUCCUUCGUCACCUUCUUCUCCAUCUCCUCCCCGUCGCCCACUCGUUGCCACCAGACUGGCAGGGUGAGCCCGCUCACUCUGGCAGCCUGGAAUGUUCGUUCCCUUUUAGACAAUCCGAAGAGCAACCGACCGGAGCGGAGGACGGCGCUAUUGGCACGAGAACUGGCGCGCUACAAGGUGGACAUCGCCGCACUCAGCGAGACCCGAUUCUCCGAAUAAGGCCAACUGGAGGAGGUGGGUGCCGGCUACACCUUCUUCUGGAGCGGUCUACCCAGGGCAGAGCGACGGGACGCGGGUGUCGCCUUCGCCAUUCGGAACGACAUCGUGGGACGACUGUCCUGUUUGCCGCAGGGCAUCAACGAUCGCCUGAUGAGCCUCCGUCUGCCUCUCCGGGGUGGGAGCAAAUUCGCCACCAUCAUCAGCGCCUACGCUCCGCCGAUGAGCAGCCCCGACGCCGCCGCAAGAGAAAAGUUCUACGAGGACCUGCACGCCCUCUUGGCGACUGUGUAG